GAUAUGUUGGUUCGGGAAUGUUGACGGGUGCCAUCGCGGGAGCGGUUUUCACCUCUCCACCGCCCGCGAGUAUCACAGCAGCGAUCCAAGUCAUGGUGAACGCGGAGGCGACUGGGGUGUUAUUGAUCGUGAAGAACUACAUGGGUGAUCUGCUGAACUUUGGGCUGGCGCUGGAGGAGAUGAGGGCAAAAGGCGUACCUGUAAAGAUGGUGGUUGUCGCAGAUGACUGCGCCUUCACUACACUGAAGAAAGCAGGACGGAGAGGACUGUGUGGCACAGUGCUCAUACACAAGAUAGCUGGGGCACUGUCUGAAAUGGGGAAAUCAUUGGAUGAAAUUGUGGAAGCGCUAACAAGUAUUCUCCCUAAGAUGGGUACAAUUGGAGUGAGCCUGUCUUCCUGCAGUAUCCCAGGAACAAGACCCACCUUUCACCUGGAACCAGAUGAGCUGGAGAUGGGACUGGGUAUCCACGGGGAGGCUGGCAUUGCGAGGAUGAAGAUGAUGUCGGCUGAUGAAGUUGUGCACAAAAUGGUGGAUCACAUGAUUAAUCCCAGCAACAUGUCACACCUCAGCCUGAAAGCUGGAGACCACAUUGUGCUGGUGGUGAACAACCUGGGGGGACUGUCCUGUCUGGAGAUGAACGUUGUGGCCAAAUCUGCCUUCUCCUAUUUAGAGAGUCAGGGCGUGCUGAUCGCCAGGGCGUAUGUGGGUUCCUACAUGACAUCGCUCGACAUGGCGGGGGUCUCGCUCACUCUGCUGCACGUGAAUGAAGAGCUACUCAACCUCUUAGACAGGGACACCAGUGCCUCCGGCUGGCGGCACACAGGACCCUGCUCACGGGCACACAAGUGCCGUGUACUACAGCUACCUGAGGAGCUGCCCAGCAGCACGGAGAAACCUGCUGCCACGACGGGGCCCUUUGCCAAGCAGCUGAAGGGGAUCCUGGGUGAGAUCAGCACCGUGCUGUUGUCCAUGGAGGAGGAGCUGAACCAGCUCGACAGGGAGGGCGGAGAUGGGGACUGUGGGAGCACACACGCCCGCGGAGCUCGAGCGAUCCAGGUGUGGCUGUCCUCGGGGCCAAAGGCGGGGGAUGGCAGUGAGGUGCUCACCGGCCUGGCCAGGGUGGUCCAACACAGCAUGGGCGGCACUUCAGGCGCGCUGUACAGUCUGUUCCUGACAGCAGCAGCUCAGCAGCUUGUGGGAGACCAGACAGCAGUAGGCUGGGUGGCAGCGAUGGCUGCUGGCAUCGAGGUGAUGCAGAGGUACGGAGGAGCUAGUCCCGGAGACAGGACCAUGCUGGACCCUCUGUGUGCUGCCUGUGAGGAGCUACAGAAACUAACGCCCGAGACUGAGAAUCCCAUCACAGUGCUGGAGGCCGCCGUGCAGAAAGCUCAAGCGGCUGUGGAGGCCACAAAGGACAUGACAGCGCAGGCCGGCCGAGCCAGUUACAUCCUGUCCACCAUACUCACCAACCCUGACCCGGGGGCCAUUGCUGUCACCGCCAUCUUGAAGACCAUCCUUUACGCUCUGCAAACACAGCACGCAGAGUGAUAACAGAGCAGCCAUCACCUCAGCCACUGGAGGAAAUCUGUCUGCUGCCUGACCUGGGAGUGUGGCCGGACAGUGUAGAGGGGGCUUUAGUCUGUCUCUAACCCGUUCUGACACUGACCUGGGAGGGCGGCGAACAGUGUGGGGAGGGGGUUUGUGGGGGAAGAUGUGUGUGUGAGAGUGUGUGUGUGUGUCGGAUGGUGUGUUUGGGGGUAGGGUGUGUGUGGCGGGAGGGUGUGUGUGUGGGAUGGUGUGUUUGGGGGGAGGGUGUGUGUGGCGGGAGGGUGUGUGUGUGGGAUGGUGUGUUUGGGGGGAGGGUGUGUGUGGCGGGAGGGUGUGUGUGGUGGGGAGGGUUAGAAGUUUGAGUGCAUUUCACUGAGUGGAAGUGUUUGUGUGUGGGGUGGGGGGUGGUGGGGUGGACGUGGUUAUAGGGGAACCACUGUGAAGCAUUGUCUUUGAAACUCAAUAAAAUUAUAAAUAAUC